CGCGGGCGCGUCACCGAUCGCAUCCUUGAGGAGCGCGCAGACACAGAAGAAAACAUCCCUACCGCGCGGCCGCCCAUUCAGCUGGAGGAACGGGCUGAAGAAAUUCAUGGAAAUAAAAUAGAAAACGCACUUUCUUUGCUUCUUAUUUUUUGUUUUCUGACCACAGCCAAACCAUUGGAAUUUCAGAAUGGCUGAGAUCGCUGAUUUAAAACCAACCUACGAUGUGUCCCCAGUGCUUGCGGGUUUUCUUGGUGCGGGUGUCUUGGUGGUCUCCGUUACGGUGUCCGUUUUCCUGUGGACGUGCUGCCAGCGACGUUACCGUCAAAUGACAGGCGCUUACAAGUUGACUAGCGGCCCCUAUGACCCACCUGUUGACCCCCCUUACAAAUUCAUCCACAUGCUGAAAGGCAUCAGCAUCUACCCCGAGACCCUCAGCAACAGCAAGAAGAUUGUGCGGGUGGGCCGGCGCUCAGGAUCAGGAUCCUUAUUAAAAGAAUGGGGUCGUGGGUCCAGAAAUGGCAACGUUCUCCUUGUGGAUGGGGAUCCUGAAGGUGGACUGCUGAAUGGUACCCCGCACCUUCAGAUGAACCAUCUGGUACCGCCCGUGGGUCCUCCCAAACUGGAGAGGUCGCUGCCCAUCCGUGCAGACUACUGCUGUAUGGAGAGCAGCUCAGGAAGCAGCAGCGAAGCCCCCAGUAAAACGGCAACACCCUACAGUCUCACCUCACCCUCCCUGGGCACGCUCAGCCUGACUAUUGACUACAACUUUCCCAAGAAAGCGCUCGUCGUCACGAUCGUUGGAGCUCAAGGGCUCCCCGCUGUGGAUGAACAGGCAGGCAGCUCUGACCCAUACGUGAAGAUGACCAUCCUGCCGGAAAAGAAGCACCGGGUGAAGACGCGCGUGCUGAGGAAGACCCUGGAGCCAGUUUUCGACGAGACAUUUACCUUCUACGGCAUCCAGUACAGUUUGCUGCCCGAACUUGCGCUGCACUUUCUAGUGCUCAGUUUCGAUCGAUUCGCACGGGAUGAUGUCAUCGGGGAGGCAGUCGUGCCAAUGGCGGGCGUGGACCCCAGCACAGGCAAAGUGCACAUCACCCAGCAGAUCAGCAAGAGGAACACACAGUGUGAAAGUCGUGGGGAAUUGCUGGUCUCUCUGUCCUACCAGCCUGUUACUCACAGGCUUAAUGUGGUGGUGCUGAAGGCCAAACAUCUGCCAACCAUGGACAUCACUGGGUUCUCAGGCAACCCAUACGUUAAAGUCAACGUCUUCUACGGUCAAAAGCGCAUAGCUAAGAAGAAGACACAUGUGAAGAAAUGCACACUUAAUCCCGUUUUCAACGAAUCGUUCAUCUACGAUGUUCCCGCAGAGUUAAUGCCGGACAUCUCUGUGGAAUUCCUGGUCAUCGAUUUUGACCGCACCACGAAAAACGAGGUCGUAGGUCGCUUGGUUUUGGGUGGUCAGAGUCCCGUGCCAUCGGGGGUCACUCACUGGAGGGAAGUUUGCGAUAACCCACGGAGGCAGAUCGCCAAGUGGCAUAACCUUAUAGAGUACUAGCGUUCGGCUAACACACAGGAAAGCGUAUUAUACCGCUCCCUUCCUGUCACCUCUUCUAUAGAAAGAAACCCAUUUAACAACCACCCUCUUUCCCCACAUAGGCAGGUGUAUGUGUGGAUUAGUAUGUGUGUCAAUAGUAAAGAGGACCAUAGGCUCUACUAAACCUGAAAGACAUUGAGCAGUUUAACAGAACCACAUGUUCUCUAAUAAACCAAUAGCAAUUGAAUAAUUGAACAAAAAGAAAAAAAAUUACAUAAAUGAGGUUUUUCGCUUUGAUUAGAUGAGAAUUAUACCCAUAUGAAAGAUAAACCACAGCAUCCGCAGAGCCGUUUCCAGUUUAAAAACAUAUUGAGGAUAUACAUACAGUACUGUCAAUUAGCUGCAUGCUACAUAUAAUAAAACAAGCCUUUAUUAUAGUUUUUUUAAAGGAGGGUUGAAUGAGAAGUAUGAUAUGUCUUUAAUAAAGUAAUAAGACAAUGUUUCCAUGAAAUUAGAAAAGUUUGUAAUAAUUUGAACAUCAAGGGUUUCUUUAACUCUUUCACCGCCAGCGUUUUUAAAAAAAGUUGCCAGCCAGCGCCAGCGUUUUUCAUGAUUUUCACCAAAGUUUAAUGCCUUCCAGAAAAUGUUCUUCUUUAAAUAUAUAAACAUACAAUAUACCAAAUGAAAGAACAGACCCUCUGCUUUCAAACAAAAAAAAACCGUUUCAUCAUACCUUUAGUGGUUCUUUUACAAUCAGCUUUUGAAUAUGGGUAGGUUUUUGCAAAAACACCAUAUUUUGAGCAAAAAGCAAAAAUAAUUCCAUUUUUGUGACGGACUUUUCAUAGAGAUCCCAUUCAGAGCGAUCUUUAAAACAGACACGGACAUGCAGCAGCUUGCCAUAGGACAAUACUUCCGGGUUUAAAAAGUUGCGGAAGGGCGCCACCUGGUGGAUAAUAGCGGUAUUGCGGAAAGACGGAAAAUCUCGUCAUUGGCGGGGAAGCGUUUUCUCUUAAUUGACGAGAUAUCUCGUCAAUGGCGGGGAAAGAGUUAAGGAUAUUAGCUAACAGGCUAAUAUUUAGCACAACCAAACCAUUUAAAACCAUACAAGGUUGAAAUAUGAAUAUCAUACAGAAUUCUUUUUUAAAAAUAUUUUUAUUGUUUAUAUUAAUUAUUAUUUAAAUAUUAUUAUUUUUCUGAAAUGUGAAAUCCUUGGGGCAAAUUCAAACUUUAAGUUACAUCAUAGCUUAUAUUAUGACAGAUCUUUCAGCCAUUAAGCAAAUUAAAAGUUGUGACCAUCGGCUCUAUACUACAAUGAUUUGUGUAAAAAAACUGUUAUUUUUAGUAAAGUUAGCCUCUUGCUAUUUUGACACUGUAGCUACUUCAUUUAUUUGUAGCUGUAGUCAUUAUACGUUCUUGGUUAUCUCAUUGUGGAUGAUUUGGACAAAGCACUUCCAUGAUCUGUUUGUUAUGCAUUUAUCUUAACAUAUGAUCAUCUUAUUAUACAACCGUUUGUGACCGAAAUCAACAUGUAUUUUUAUUAUUGUAUUUAGGGAUGCAUAACGAUUAAUCGCGAUUAAUCCAUAGCAGAAUAAAAGUGUUUACUGUGUAUAAUAGUUACGUAUAUAUAAAUAUAAUAUAUAUAUAUGUAUAAUUAUAUAUAUAAUAUAAAUUAUACAUAAAUAUACAAAUGUAUAUACACAUGUAAACAUUUCUUAAAUAUAAACAUGCAUGUGUCUAUUUAUCUAUACAAACUUAUUAUACACAGUUCACACACACACAUAUACAGUAUGAUGUAGACAAAAACUUUUAUUCUGCUAUAGAUUAAUUGCGAUUAAUCGUUAUGUAUCCCUAAUUGUAUUAGUUUGCCAUAUCUAUGCACAUUUCUAUUUAACUGCAUAAAACCUAUCCAGCUGCUGUAUUACCAUAGCACUGAGAUCGAAAAAUUAAGAUCAUAUGGCAAUGAGAGAAAAAUUGCAGUCAAAGCCAAAUGUGACAGAUAUUAGUAUGUUUGUGACUGUCAGCAAAUUUGUACGUUUACGUGUACCUAGCACCACUGUUUCUAUCAUCACUGAACGUGUGUGUUUUUGAAGGUCGCACAACUAAUUCUUAAUAAUGUCUGGUCAAGAUGUACAUAAUGUAUAAUAGGACGUCACAUUGCUAUUCUACCAUUUCUCUUUUUCAUACUGAAAUUGAAUUUCACCAAAUAUACGUGAUCUUUUGGCAUACAAAUGCUGCCAUGCAAAUGAAAGGACAGUGAUGUUUUAGCCUGAUGUUUAACCCAACUUGUUUGGUUUAAGGCCAAUCUAUUCGGAUCUUAUAAUUAUUGAAUGAUAAAGUUGAAAAAAUAUGCAGAUUCAAAUCAAUAUUUGCACUUUCGUAGAGUACUGUAUUUAUUUUUAUGAUUUGCGCCCAACAAAAUAUAUAUGUAAAUGUGUAUUAAAAACAACUAUAAUGAGACUAUUAACUAACCAUAUGAAAGUUAGGCUUUUGGCUAUUAACCAUUACACUGCACGUGUCAAAAAUAACCAAAGUGGAUAUUAUAGACCAAUGAACAAUUUGUGCAUAACUUAGUAAAUUGGUCUGCAAAACCAUUGGACUCAAUGUAAAUUUGGUGUUGGGAUCACAAUGAAGCAGCCAGACAUUGACAGACCCAAGUGCAUGCAAUGUGUGUGUGGAUGUGUUCCCAAUUAUCUGAUUUAAUGCCCAUAGCCCCCUAAGGCAGAUUGAUUUACAUGCUCUGUUCCUAGUGUAAAUGAGCACAUACAUUGCUAAAAGCAGGAGGGUAAGAUAAAAAAUAUUGAUUGGAUGAUUAAAGGCAUAUCAUAUUUAAAAUGUGAAAUUAAUUUAGCAGUAACUUAAGCCCAGUGUUGUUUUUGUGUAGUCAAAAAUUUAAUUUUGCAAUUGUAAGUCAUUAAGACAACUUAAAGAGAUUACCUAUUGCACAAAGCAACAUUAAGAUGUCAUUGCGUCCACCCGAGUCCAAGCUUGCAGAUACGUUCAAGACCAAAAAAAGUGAAUCCUUUCAUUCUCUAACCCUGCAUGCACAGUAUCAAAUUUCUGCUUCAAAACUUGUGUAUAUAUUAAAGUUUUUAGUGGUUUAUAUGACAGUAAAAUACUUUUUUGUAAAAAUGGUAACCUGGAUAACAAUGCAACUUAUGUGAAAUAAUUCAUGCCUUCCUUUUUAUUUUGAGCCCCAGCUCCAUGUGCUCCCCAGACUUUUUUGACACAAAAACGCUUGUUUUAUAAAAUUAAAUAACUAUAGGCAUUAAAAUAAAUAUAACCAAUUGUAAAUGAGUGUUUGUUUCAAUGCACUGGUGGGUAGUGGUACUUUCCGCUCCUCUCGUAAGUGUUUUAGCUGGAAUGGAAAUGGUUUCGUUUUGUGCAAACCUCUUUUGAAGAGCUACUGUAGCUGCAUUUAUUUUUCUGUCUGCAACUGGUCUAACAAUCCUAUGGUUUUUGCUGUUGUGUGAUGUAUGAAUAAAUUGAAAGGCAAACAAAGAUCUGACAAGAAACUGACUGUAGUAAAUAUAUUAGUCCAUUUGGAUACUGCUAUGUUGAUAUGGUUAAGGUGGAGUAAACAUAGUGACUCACCUUUAUUUUAGGUGUCCCUAAACCCACUAGACCUAGAUGAUAGUUCACCAAAACAGUAGUGUGAUUUCAUGUUGUUACCUGGCUUUUCAAUAUUUGUAAGUACAAGCAAGUUAUCUAUGUAUAAUGUAAGUACAGUGGUAUAAUAACAUACUUAAAAAUACAUCUUUGCAUUGCUGGCUUAUUACUGCAUAUUUCACUACAUUAUAUUCAGGGACAUCUAAUAUAAAGUGUGACCUGUAAUGCUUUCCAAUGCAGGUUAUUUGCAUACUGCUACUGAGUUUAUGCUAAAUACAGUUACACUAAUGCUGACUUGUACUGUAUGUUGAAUUUGUUAACACAAUGAACGUGCAAAUAAAAUUAAAACUGAUAAACUA